UUGGAUUGUUUUAUUGUAUUCAUAGGCCGUUUGGCAAAUCUAGUCUGUGAACACCGACAAAAUUAAACCGGACGCUUCACUUAACUUCACUUCAGUAUUUGUUUAGGGUACACUUAGAUCGAAGCUUGGCUUACUUCAGGCAGUCCUGGACUUACAUUUAAACAAACAAACAAUAAUGAUAUCAAUGAUUAUAACGCUCCAUGCCUUUUAUCUAUUUUGGAUAAUCUGCGCUAGACUUCGCCAUACGACUAAUUUGUCAAUAAUGCUUAACGAUAAAUCUUAAAGCAAUAAUUGCGAAUGAUCGACAACAUGGGCUCCAAAACAAUGAGUGGGGCCAGAUAAAAGAGACAGCCCUGCCAAAAUUAACGUCAAAUUUGAGCUACGAUUAACGCACUCUCCAAGCAGAUCUAUCGGUGACACGCAGUAUCCAAAGGGCUAAACAGUAUCCAACAGGUGAGGCUGGCCCUUUGAUGUUGCUAUGCCGCCGCUGGAUCUGGUUGGAGAUUAUCAUUAACGGUCAACAAAAAUAGCUCACUCUGCCUCACGGAAAAAGGCAUGUUGACCCUCUUUUCAGUAUCUCAAAAGGGGUACUAUAUAUUUUCAUUCCCUGAAUACCAUCUGGUCUAUGUUCCCACACACAUACACCAGUAAAAGUCGAGUGAUUUACCGAAGUGAGUGCACCCGAGGCACUUGGCUUAUCUUUAAGUUUAGUACACGGAUGUCUUUCUUUCUCGCUUCCGUUUUGUAAUUCUUGACCUUAUUUUGACCCUUAGUUGUUCAAGCUUAAAAUAAAUUCAACAGCGAUGGCUAUCUCCACGCAGCUAUUAUUAUCUGUGAAGUUCCCUAUGAAACAUUGGAUAAUGCUUACAUCUAAUUACUAUUUCAACCAAUCCAGAACGAGCUUGCGAUGACGUUAGCCAAUCAAAGACCUUGAAUGUUAUGACGUAUAGUCACACCGUAUCAAAAACCUCUUCUCUUCAAAGAUUGUAUUAAGAACGUCGAGCACUUCCAGAUAUUUGCGGAUCAAGUGUUGGCCACUUAUCUUCACUUUUGCCGCUUCUAAAAGUGUUCUAGACUGUUACAGCAAAGCAUAUGUCGCUCAUCCUUCAUAAUUCAAGUGUCAAAAUGGUCCAGGAGACGAAAUUAUUUCUGUUUGUAGUGUUAUUUGUGGCCAGAAGUCGUUCACAGAGUACGUUAAACGACGUUCCUCGCGGACACUACGGUUUCAACAUGUUCGAGCGAGCGGUAAGGGAGGGCCGGUGCACCUACACCUUCAUAGUUCCCGAGGAUGACCGAAUGUGCCCCUCGGAUCCAGCCAUAGACAUGCGGAUCAACUAUCUCGAGCUCGCGCGAGAACAACAACAGAAGAAGUCGAACGAGAAUUCCCGGAGGAUAGAGAGGGUGGAAAAGAUGGCCCAAGCGCAGAGGAAAAUGCUGAUGGAGUUGCAGUGGCGCGUCGGAAACGCGUCGGCUUCCGAGGACGCGCGAGUCCAGGCCGACGAGGUGCCGAGGAUUACCGAAGACCGUUCGACGGCGACGAGUAUGCCGUCGGGAUUCAUAGGUUGUGCCGGUAUGUACCGGAAGGGCGUCACGGUUAGCGGGCGGUACACGGUACAGGUGGACACUACGUCAUUUCCUGUCUACUGUGACAUGGUCGACAGCGGCGGAGGUUGGACUGUUAUCCAGCGUCGUCUGAACGGCACGGUCGACUUUUUCCGGAACUGGGACGACUACCGACGGGGCUUCGGCAACGUUCGGGGCGAGUUCUGGUUGGGCAACGGCAAGAUCCGACUGCUGACGUCACAGCAGCCACACGAGCUUCGGGUGACGCUGACGGACUGGGACGAUAGGCGAGCGCAUGCGCACUACGCCUACUUUCACCUGGAACCAGAAAGUGACAAGUAUCGCCUGAGGCUCGGAUGGUACAAUGGCAAUGCAGGGAAACGAUCAUCAUUACAUGUUGGCCCCCUAUCUACCCUUUGUGGAUCUGCAGUUGUUUGUUUGUUUGAUGUCACGUGUUCAGGAGACGCACUGACCUACCACGACGGCCGACCCUUCAGCACGACAGACAAGGACAACGACUCGGACCCCAGCGCAUGCGCAGACCGGUUCCGCGGUGGCUGGUGGUACGGCAACUGUCACCAUAGCAACCUGAAUGGACUGUACCAUCCUCUGGGGGAGCACAUCGGCAGGGGGGACGGGAUAGAGUGGAUACAGUGGAAGGGCAUGUUCUAUUCCGUCAAGAGCGAAGAGAUGAAAAUACGGCCCGCCAACUUUGGCCACUGCUAGAGAAAAAUGCAAAUAUAGGUCAUCGUAAUCUUCAUUGACACAACAGAACAAUAGCGGCUUUCCGAUUAAAGUAUUUUUCAUCUAUAUCUAUAUCAGACAAGUGGAUACAAACAGGUUUGAGUGUAAAAUAAAUCAACAAAAGCAAUCUGGAGUUAAACGUAUUGUUUACACUAGCUACUGGCUAAAUAUUCUCUGGCAUAGAUACCUAUUUGUACUGAUAUUAAAGGAUCAGUAAGGGUUAUCCCUUUGGAGGUCUCGAAGAAAAAUCAGAAUCCAGAAAUAGGGUCACUGAAAACUGGACGACGCUCAAGCCCGUACCCUGUUUACAUGAUUCUGAACUUUGUAUAUUUUCACUAACAGCUCGUUCCUGUACUAUGUGAGCACAUCUUGUUACGGUUAAGGUUUAUUAAGGUUAACAAGUCUGAUAACAUAAAUUCGCACAGAGGCUUUUAAGAUCUUUUAAUACUUUGUUUAUUUUCCUGAUGUUAAAAAAGACAUUUAUGAGCUAAGCGACCUUUCUAUGAGUACCGUUUGGUCUUCUCAGUUCCUGCAAAGGUUCUUCUUGGACCCCCUAUCAUAUAUAAUGUUGGUAUCAACUUAAGCCUUAAGGUCAAAAGACUGUCAAUGUUUUGGAGGGGGAUUUAACAUAAUCUUUUCCGACACAAAUUGAGAUUGACACUCCAAAUUUUCAACAAGCUAUCUAAAUUUAGUAUUCUACAGUACAGCCGAGACCUUUAUGACUCAAAUCAUCCUUCCAAUGACUGACGUCAAUAACGGGUCAAGGGUCAUAUGAAGUCGGUAUCGGCCCCCGGCUUAGUUCAAGAAAUAUUUUCCGUUAUCUUGAAGAAGACAAGAAGACUUUCCGAAAAAUUGACGAAUCCACUUUCCUUUUAUGUCAAUAAUGUUGUAUAACGAGCAAGAUGAACGUUCGUGCUAUUACAUUGUAUAUGAUCAAUCUAUAGUUGGAUUGUUUUCUAUAAUUCCUGUUGAAAGUGUUAUAAGCAUUGAUGACAAUGUUGAGAAACCUACAAAUUGUUCUUGAAUGGUGACUUCGGUACACUUUGCCAUUUACAAUGAGUUACAUAUAUGCUUUCAUUUCAAAAUAUGCGGCAUAAUGUAUUUCUUUGGGAAUUUUCUUUGGUAGUGAUAAAGAUGAAUAAAGGCGAUGUUAACGUUAUACAUCAAUGUAUACAAUGGGAAGGAAAUACAAAUAAAUGUUUUCAUUUGGGA